CUGGUGUUGGCCGAACGGGCACAUACAUAGCUCUAGACAUUCUGACAAAAGAGGGUGAGGUAGAAGGAACCAUAGAUAUCCCUGGGUGUGUCCUCAACAUGAGACAGAACAGGCCAAAUAUGAUUCAGACUAUGAGUCAAUACAAGUAUCUUCACCAAGCUUUGGUUUAUUCAUUGACUCUUGAGUGCUCGGUGGUAAAACGAGAACACUUCCAUAAAUAUAUGGAGAAAUCCGGAUAAGAGGAGAUAAAGAUGCAGUUUGAGAAAAUGGAAAUGGUCCGGGAGCAGAAGUCCGAUAAGGAAGUACAGGCAACGGAAAGGAAUCAGCUUCUGACUAAAAAGAACAGGAAACACGCGGAUAUACCAGGUGACUGCAACAGACCGCGUCUCUAUCUGUGUUUACAACCCGGCGAGUCUGAUUACAUCAAUGCGAUAUACAUCGACAAUUUAAAAACCAAACACCGCUUCCUGGUUGCACAAACACCUCUGCCUGACACAGUUGACGAUUUCAUUGCACUUGCUGUUCAAGAAAACUGUUCCUGUAUCGUUAGUAUGGAGGCACAUUUGGAAAAUCACAUCGGGAAGGGGAUUGGCUUAUACUUUUCUGGUGAAAACCAAACAAUGAAGGCUGGUAUGGUUUCCGUACGAUCCACCACAGAUCAAAGUUCAAGACACUUUGUAAAAAGAAUGCUGCAUUUCGAACACGAGGAAAAGACCAAGAAAGAUGUGACCAUUCCACACUAUGAAUACCUAGACUGGAUUCGAAACACAAUGUUCCUAAGACGCCCGAACACUUCGUUGCCUUCGUCAAAGAGGUUGAAGACGUAUCCAAAUCAUCUCAUUUGAAUGGACCGAUACUAGUGCAUUGUCUGAACGGUGCUGGAAAGUGCGGCAUAUUUUGUGUUGUCUCGACAUUACUUGAAACACUGAGUGAAGAUAAUGAAGUCAGUGUGAUCAAUGUCGUGAUGAAAGUCAGAGCUAGAAGACCGCUCGCUAUUCCAAAUAAGGAGCAGUUUUACUUCUGCCACGAGUGUGUUCUCCAUUCCAUGAACGCAACAGAUAACGCUGUGUAUUACAACAUAAGUGGGGAUAUCCAGAGGGAAUAAACAGCACUGACCAAUUCUGAAAAAUGGCAUACAUCCUCUUACCAUUGACACGAACACAUGUCUAUAUACGUUUGGUAGCUUUAUGAUGACAUGUUAAGCUAUGCUUUUUAUGAUUAACAGAACACUAGACUUUCAUUUGUCAAUAUAAACAUUGUAUUGUAAACAUCAUUGUAAUUAGUGCUUUUCCAUUUUUGUACAAAUAUCAAUCAAUUUGAUUUGCUUUUAUAACAUAUUCACAAAGUCGCGAGUUUACCAUUGCCAGACACUCAUUUAAUGAAAUUAACGCCUGGGCGGUUUAACUUUCGUGCCAAAAUACCACGUGACUUCACAAAGGGUGGAGCUUGUGGGUCAACUAAGUACGGACACCGAAUAAGUUAGAGUUCAUUUUGGCGAUGCAUAGAAAAUGUUGCAUGAUUUCUAGGCCUGUUGCCUUGCUGCGCUUGCUUCGUUUUCUGUAGGUCGCCAAAAUGAACUCUUACAUGAGCUCUUAUUGGUUUAUCAUGUUGCAGAGUGUUGUAUUGUUACGAUAUAUAGGGGAUAUUAUGGUAGGACGCUUUUCUGGUGACCUGUAUCACGUCGAAUUCGGUGUAUAAACACGUAUCCGUCGAGACCAUAGGUCGAGACGGAUACAUGUCUGCUCACCGAACGAGACGUGAUGCAGGUCACCAGAAAAUCGUUAUAUCGUAAUAUUCUAUUUAUUAUAUACCUGCCUAUUUAAUUAUUCCUUUUUAUUUUUCGGUUUCAAUUUGAUUUAAAUUGACCGUCAUCUGUCAAAUGCGCGCAUGAAUUCGGAUGUGUUACGUAGUUUUGUAUAAUGAAGUCAAGGGAGGCUACUACAGCGAAACGAAGUCAGAAGUUACAGAAUUCACUUUAUUGAGCAAAAUAAGAACAAAAUAUUUUGAGUGUAGGCAAAAUUAACACUUUGCUAAUACGAAAACAAUUAUUAAAUGUCACAGCACAAAACAAAACACAAAAACGGUACUUAUUUUACCAGUAUACACUAAUCGUCAUUUCCUGUAGACGUAACGAGGCCAUUUUUAACAAAGUAAAUAUUCGUGGGAUAUUUUGACGAUCAUAAUAUGCAGAAUAUGAGGGAACUUCGUGAGUCAAUCGCUAUUUCUAUCGAUGACGCGAAAUAGCCUUCUUAUUGGCGAGCUGCUCAUAUUUUUAUGAUAACAAACAUGGAUAAUGCAACAAUUUAUGAACUUCGAAAUGCCAAACAACUAGUUGAGUACUAGUUCACUGAAUUAGCUGUCUAGAUAGAUUAGAAGUGUUCUCUGCUUCGUGCUUAUCCUCAUGGUUCUUUGAAGAACAUAAGAACCAUGUUCCUGAAUAUUUACAUGCUUCUGGAGCGAGAGUAAAGUUAGAUAAUUUAAUGUUUUUGAAAGUUGACAAGUUUUACCAGUUAUUUGGUCACGCAAUUUUUUACCAACGCUAAAGUAGUUCCGAGAUUACACACGGUACUCGCAUGAUACGGAAUCAGAAAACGACAGUAUGGUGAUACGGAUUUUUCAAUACGUCGUGCUGUAUUUUCACUGUUGGAUAUGGAAAAGGAAUGUAAAAGGCAUUAAUAAUAAUGAAUCUCAUAUCAGAACGCUACCAAAUAGGUGAGGCUUAAUAUGCAAGCUUACCGCGAUCAGUAGCAUUUGAUAAGUUACAACGAGAAUUUAUUUUAUACAGGCCACUAUUUUAUACUAAGCCCGUUUUUUGCGAUUUUUCAAGAAAACGCUUUCCUGUUACUUCAUUUUCUUAACGGUAACAUUGAAAAUAUAUAUUUUAGAAAUAUAAUGAAACUUGCCUUUCUGGUUAUCAACUUAAAAGUGCAUGUUUGAUAUUCCUUAUGUGGCUUCCACGUAAAGCCCGGCUUUUCGCGAAAAUCCCAGGUUUUUUUAAAGUUGCACUCUCACAGAUUGAACGUUUUGACAACUUUUUAUUUUUUGUCUUGGAACAAGCCAAUUUUUGCAAAAAUCCAUGGAAACCAGUGAUAUAAGAUUGCUGACAAAAAAUGAUCGCAGAGUUGUAAAAAUGGUAAAUCUGUGAAAGUGCAGCUUUAAAAAACUCACUCCAAUAACUUCAUUUUAGUCAAGUUAACAUGGAAAUAUAUGUCAUGCAUGUUAUAAAGCUUAAAUUUCUGGUAAACGACUAUAAAAAUUUAUGUUGAUAUUUCUUAUCUGGCUUUGAACGAAAAGCCCGGGAUUUUUGCGGCUUUCCAUGAAAGCGCUCCUCUGUAAUGGCAUUUUUUAACACGGUCACAUUGAAAAUAUAUUUUAGACAUAUAAGACUUGCAUCUCUGGUUAUCAACUUCAAAAGUAAUUAUUGUUAUUUCAUAGCUGGCUUUUUUCACAAAAAAACGUCUUUUCGGGGGCUUUUCGAGGAAACGGAGAUACGUCAUUUUUGUCAUCGAAAAUUAUAUACAUUAUAAAACUUCCAUUUCUGGUAAUCGAUACUUAUGCGAAAUACUACAGAAACAAGCUUAGUAGCAAAAAGAUUAAACAUAAACCCGGUGUCAUGGCACUGGGUAAACGCCAAAGACAUAGAACACAAAAACAAAAAUUCACAAACAAGAAACAUGGAAGAACAGCACAAAACUCCACAAUCAACACAGUGCAUACGUAUACUAUAUAUAAAAAAACUAGGUAUUUUUAUCAAGGAUUGUUAGAUACCGCCUUAGAACGGUCAGUAAAAUGUAAAUUUACUGGGGGUUCAAACCAGUUUACUUGAAAAGUACAUGUAUGAUACUUCAUCUGUAGCUUUCACGAAAAACGAGUUAUACAUUGCGCAUGCCUUUUAUAAUUCAUGCUACUCUAGUCUGCACGUUUUGCAUUAUGUAUUAAAUAUGUCAUGUUUUGAAUGUGAGCGUUUUUUCACUGAAAAUCAUGUUUUGAAUACUUUUAACGUUAUCUUUAAAUAUUCGCGCUUUUAGAUAUUGUUAUAGUGUAGCUGUUAGUUAGUUUAUUUGAAUAAAGCUCUUUUCCCCCUUUGUUGGUCAUUCGUUUUAUUUAUCAAAUAACGUGAUAAUUCACACCGUUUUAAUGUAAAGAUAAGUAACAAUUGUACUACAUUUUGGAAAAUGAGAAACUCAAAGAAAUUAAAAUAACUUUAAUUUAUCAUUUACAGCGUCAAAGACGUACUUAAAACGACUAAGGCUCUAACGUCGAAAGUCAUAAAUUCACGUUAUUUUUGAAAUAAAACAGCGAAGCCAACUUUCAAGUUUUUCAAUGGAUGUUGUUUCAUUGGAGAUUACAUUUUAUUUCACAUACAAUUGAUAUAUUUGAUCAUCUAAAUAUUAAAUCAAACCGUAAAAUUCGAAAUAUGA